AUGGAUCUGGUCAUGGUCUUGGUGCUCAUUCUGACAUGUCUGCUUCUGUUCUCAUACUGGAAACAGAGUUCUAAGAGAGGGAAGCUACCUCCUGGACCUACUCCUCUGCCAAUUAUUGGCAAUAUCCACCAGAUAGAUGCAAAAAAAAGGCACCAAGCUUUUUCCAAGUUCUCCAAAAUCUAUGGCCCUGUGUUCACUCUGUAUUUUGGCAUGAAACCCACUGUGGUGUUGCAUGGCUAUGAGACAAUAAAAGAAGCUCUCAUAGGUCAUGGGGAGGAGUUUAGUGGAAGAGGAAGUGUCCCAGUUUUACAGAUGGCUUUAAAAGGCUUUGGCAUUUCUUUUACCAAUGGAGAUAAAUGGAAAAAAACAAGGCACUUCUCACUCAUAACCCUGAGAAAACUGGGCAUGGGGAAAAAAAGUAUUGAGAACCGUAUUCAAGAGGAAGCACAGUUCCUUGUGGAGGAACUGAAGAAAACCAAUGGCUCACCCUAUGAUCCCUCCUUCAUCUCGACCUGUGUUCCCUGCAAUGUCAUUUGCUCCAUUAUUUUCCAAAAUCGUUUUGAUUAUACUGAUCAAGUUUUUGUUAGCUUGAUAGAAAAACUGAAUGUGAACUCUAAGAUUCUGAACUCUCGCUGGGUGCAGCUUUGCAAUAUGUUCCCUGUUCUGAUUGAUUAUUGUCCAGGGACCCAUAAUACAUUUUAUAAAAACUUGACUUCUAUUCAGAGUUUCCUUUCGGCAAAAAUAAAAGAACACGAGGAAUCCUUGGAUGCUGCCAACCCUCGGGACUUUAUUGAUUAUUUCCUAAUUAAAGGACAGCAGGAAAAUCACAAUCAGCAAUCGAUAUAUACACAUGAAAACCUGACAGCCACAUUGAGUAAUAUGAUUCAUGGUGGAACAGAAACUUUAAGAACAACAAUGAGAUUUGCUCUCCUGCUCCUGCUGAAGCACCCACAUGUCACAGCUAAAGUCCAGGAAGAGAUUGAGCGUGUGGUUGGCAGACAACGCAGUCCCUGCUUGCAGGACAGGAAGCAAAUGCCCUACACAGAUGCCGUGAUUCAUGAGAUUCAGAGAUUCAUUGAUAUCGCCCCCAACAACCUACCCCAUGAAGUGACCUGCGAUGUUAAAUUCAGGAACUUCCUCAUCCCCAAGGGAACGACCAUAUUAACAUCACUAUCAUCAGUGUUGUAUGACAGCAACGAAUUCCCCAAUCCAGAGAUGUUUGAUCCUGGUCAUUUUCUGGAUGCAAAAGGAAACUUUAAGAAAAGUGACUACUUUAUGCCUUUCUCAGCAGGAAAACGAGUGUGUUUAGGAGAAGGUCUGGCCCGCAUGGAGCUGUUUCUGUUCCUGACCACCAUUUUACAGAACUUCAAGCUGAAAUCUCUGGUUCCCCCAAAUGAAAUCAAUGAUGCCCCAGUGUACAAUGGAUUUUCCGUAUUACCUCCCCCUUUCAAGCUCUGCUUCAUUCCUGUCUAA